AUGUUGAAAAAAAUUGAUCUCCUCUGCCAUAAUUCCGCUAGCAUUGGCCCUACAAACUUCGUCAAGCAAAAGACGUUUGUUAGUUUGCUGAUCGACCACGUCCUAACGGCUACGUGCAGCAAAUCCAUCCGAAUCGCUACCAUCAGUUUUGCCGCGUCGUCCCAACUUGCGGUCGAAUUCGACUUCGAUAAUUACUCGAGAUCGGUGACUCCUUGUGUUGAUCUAAAGAAUGCAGUCAAUGGUAUUGCUUACGUGCACUGGUGGGCUACUAAUACUGCCCGUGCUCUAGAAGAAGGGCAUUCUCUAGUCAAUGAUGCGUCCAGAGGAGCAAGAUCGGAUGCAGAAAAAGUCGUUUUUGUCCUUACCGACGGCAGAUCGAAUCAAGGUGGAAAGCCUGGCCCCAAGCUGACGUUAUUUAUACGAAACACAGAUGGUGCUAAGGUUAUUGCGAUGGGCGUGGCUAAUUUAAAUUCCAAAAGCAUUCAGAACGAUUCGAAUGCCAUCACUGAGACGCUACUGCUGAAAGAGUAUAGUUUCACUGACAUCAGGUCAGCCGUACUAAAGUGUGGUUCUUCACAAUGGUACGCACUAGGUCUCGAGCUGGCGAAUUCAGACGAAGUGCAAUGUUUGAUUCACGACAAACCAUGGCCACGUCAGAAACUGCUUGCAAUCAUUAUGGACAGACAGCAACGAGUAGGCAAACACAAGGCGGCUGAAGAAAUAUUACACGCCUCGAAGAAGGUUUCGCCUCCAAUUUUUCGUGACGUUAGUAAGCAGUUGGAAGCUUUGCGAUCAAGUCAACAAGCUGCUUGGAUGGAGUCGACUGUCGAAGAAUCUGACUUUGAGCAGAUGGGCGCUAUUAUCGAGGUAGCAAAAGAAGUGAAGCGAUUGGAUCUGAGAGAGACUGUCGAAAACGCAGAAGCGGCGUAUCAACAGCUGAACACAAGUAUGGGAUGGAGCGCGGCAAAAGAAUGCCUGGACAACGUUUUUGCCGUAUCGAGCGACAUGAUAUAUUGUGGCGUAGCAAUGGCUGUAAAAUGCUUUACCCUCUUGUCGGCUAACCCAAAACGCAAAGAGCAGUUUGUGUCUGACGAAGAGUUCGACAAGAUCACCAAACUGCAACUGAUAACCAGAGGCGUUCCUGGCAAAGUCUCUCGAAGUCGAUACAGUGAGUGCGUAGGAAAGGCUGUCGAGACUGUGAUCGCUUGCAAAGAGGCUCUAGAUAAGAAUGACGUCAAACAAAUGGAUUUCCAGAUUUCUCACAUGAAGGAAAAUGUCAACAUGUUGUCUCGGUUUCUUGCCAAUCCCAAUUCGACGCUAAUGCAAGACGUCGCCAAAGAGGCUGAGUUCAAACCUGGUGAUUUUGUUUUCAAUGUUUAUGCAGUAUUUUUGCCGUACGUGGAAGGUAUCAAAAUGCUGUGCGCCUUUACGACGCUCGAGAGUUUGAGAGACGACUCGCAAACUCCAGAUAUCGAGAAACAGUGCGACGACGCCAAAGACUACUUCAAGUACUCCGAGGUGGAGAGAAGCAUAAGGCACAGCUUCGAUGCUCUUCGCACAAUUCGCAGUGGAGACACCGUCGUCGUGACCAACCGAAGCCUUGGCGGAAACUGGUCGAUUCGCGGUGGUGAGAGAUCUGCGAAGGGCUUGUGGGUGACCUGCAGUGACAUUCAAAAGACGGACGGAUCAGUAGCAAAGAUAUUUGAACGAGAUGAGAUACCGGAAGAGGUUAGUUCCCAAGCCGUUUCUAUUUCUGAGACGGUAUUAAAGAUUGGUGACACUGUAGCUCUCAACUAUUUGGGUUUGGGUUACGUUUUCCGUUUCCCCGGCAGCUGGUUUACUUCUCCAGAUUAUUGCUUUUACCGUGGCACCGUACAAGAGGUUAAGCAUCAUGGAAGUGGAGUGGAUUCGAUGCAGUGGAGAAUAGAGUCGCGUUACAAAGAGAAGGGCGAGGAAGUCCGCGAUGGUGAUGAGAUAUAUUUGCACUGCAACGUACAGGGCGGACGUGGUAACCUCUACCUUACAUGCAACUACGAUGGAUACGUUACCACAAGCGGAAACAAGCAAGUUUAUCGCAUUAACGCGCUUCGUCUGAUGGACAAAGAUUAAGUGGUGACUAUAUAUACUCGAAUGAGGCAUUGUUUUAUGUAUCAAUAGUCUCUUGGUCGUAUUGCUAACCGAUAAAACGAUAUUAGUAUCUACACAUUAGUUGGUGUCUUAGUCGGAAUUAUAUGUGGUCUGAAUUGUUUCAAUAGUUUUAAGUUAAGAAGCUUGAGUAUAUGUACAAGUGUUU